ACCUGAUCUGUUUCCAGUGCCGGCUUGGUCCAGUGUCAGGCUGACCUUUCCCCCCAGGUGCCAAGCCUUGGGUGUGGUGAUCCUCUGUUGUUACCCAGGCUGGCAACCUGAUUGCCCCAGUGUUGUUUUUCUGUUUGAUUCCUUUAUUAGGUGCGAUACUGCAAAGGCAUUGGCUGGUAAUUGUGCAAAGGGCACAAAUGGGUUGCCGGGUCAGGCAUGGCCCAUACCAUGGCAAUGCCAUCUGCUGAUUGGCAGGCGGGGGCAAGAAUCUCUUGCCUUGCUGGCCGGUAAUUUCACAAGGUGGCGGAACAUUGCCUCCAUUGUCCAUUGAGUAGAAUGGCUCUGUGGGUGCCGAUGGCUGCCUAAUCUUCUGUUUCCCCUUCUCCUCUCGGUAGGCACGCGGAGCUUGCUGACGCAGGCCAGACGCUCUCCGUCACACCCGCCGUCCGUCCAUCCCUCCUUCAUAAGGCCAUCCCGCAACUCCCCCGGCCGUGUGCGUUGGAAUGGACUUCGGAUCUCGGCCCCUUGGGAUGCAAAGGAUGAAGUGACAGCCCAGCUGGGUUCAAAGCACCUGCAGGACCUGCUAUAAGAGUUUGGGACCAAGGAGCGCAGGAUGGAUCUCGGAGCAGCUGAAGGCACCCGGUGCACAGACCCGCCCGCAGGCAAGCCGGCCAUGGCGGCCAAGCGCAAGGGCGGUUUGAAACUCAACGCCAUCUGCGCCAAGCUGAGCCGGCAGGUGGUGGUGGAGAGGGGAGCCGAGGCCGGGGGCCCCCAGGCCGAAGGCAGCCCCCUGCGGCCUCGGGACAAGGAGCGCAGCGGCGGCCCCGAGUCCGGGGGGGCCCGAGCCCCCCGCAGCGAAGAGGACAAGAGGCGGGCUGUGAUCGAGAAGUGGGUCAACGGGGAGUACAGCGAGGAGCCGGCGCCCACCCCCGUGCUGGGGCGCCUGGCCCGCGAGGGCCUGGAGCUGCCGCCCGAGGGCGUCUACAUGGUCCAGCCCCAAGGCUGCAGUGACGAAGAAGACCACGCGCACGAGCCCGGCAAGGGCGGCGCGGGCCCCGAGGACAAGGGCCCGGAUGGACCGGCCUCGAAGGACGAGGCGGGCUCCGGCGGCAAGCAGGCCGCGGGAGAGGCCUCCUCGCUGCGGGACUACGCGGCCUCCACCAUGACGGAGUUCCUGGGCAUGUUUGGCUAUGACGACCAGAACACCAGGGACGAGCUGGCCAGGAAGAUCAGCUUCGAGAAGCUCCAGGCGGGCUCCACCCCCGAGGCCGCCGCCUCGUCCGCGUUGCCCACCGCCGAGGACAGCCUGGGCAAGCGCGCCCGGUUCUCCAAGUACGAGGAGUACAUCCGCAAGCUCAAGGCCGGCGAGCAGCUCUCCUGGCCGGCCCACGGCACCAAGGCCGAGGACCGGGUGGGCAAAGAGGGGCUGGGCCCCCUGCCUGGCCUGCGGCUCCCCCCCAACACCGCCCACCUGGAGACCAAAGCCACCAUCCUGCCCCUGCCUUCCCCCGGCAGCGUCCAGAUGCAGAGCCUGGUGGCCCGCGCUUCCAAGUACGACUUCUUCAUCCAGAAGCUGAAGACGGGCGAGAACCUGCGGCCCCAGAACGGGAGCACCUACAAGAAGCCGUCCAAGUACGACCUGGAGAACGUCAAGUACCUGCACCUCUUCAAGCCCGGGGAGGGCAGCCCCGACAUGGGCGGCGCCAUCGCCUUCAAGACCGGCAAGGUGGGGCGGCCCUCGAAAUACGACGUCCGGGGCAUCCAGAAGCCGGGCCCUGCCAAGGUGCCACCCACCCCCAGCCUGGUUCCUGCACCCGUCGCCAGCAUGCCCAGCACCCCCAGUGCCCCAGGGCCCGGGCCCGAGGCGCCCGCCUCCCUGUCCUUCAACACUCCCGAAUACCUGAAGUCGACCUUCUCCAAAACAGACUCCAUCACCACGGGGACCGUCUCCACUGUCAAGAACGGAUUGCCCACAGAUAAACCAGCUGUCACCGAAGAUGUAAACAUUUACCAGAAAUAUAUUGCCAGGUUCUCUGGCAGCCAGCACUGCGGCCACAUCCACUGCGCCUACCAGUACCGCGAGCACUACCACUGCCUAGACCCCGAGUGCAACUACCAGAGGUUCACGAGUAAGCAGGACGUCAUCCGGCACUACAACAUGCACAAGAAGCGCGACAACUCCCUGCAGCACGGGUUCAUGCGCUUCAGCCCGCUGGACGACUGCAGCGUCUACUACCACGGCUGCCACCUCAACGGGAAGAGCACCCACUACCACUGCAUGCAGGUGGGCUGCAACAAGGUGUACACGAGCACCUCCGACGUGAUGACCCACGAGAACUUCCACAAGAAGAACACGCAGCUCAUCAACGACGGUUUCCAGCGCUUCCGGGCCACCGAGGACUGCGGCACCGCCGACUGCCAGUUCUACGGGCAGAAGACCACGCACUUCCAUUGCCGGCGCCCCGGCUGCACGUUCACCUUCAAGAACAAGUGUGACAUCGAGAAGCACAAGAGCUACCACAUCAAGGACGACGCGUACGCCAAGGACGGCUUCAAGAAGUUCUACAAGUACGAGGAGUGCAAGUACGAGGGCUGCGUGUACAGCAAGGCCACCAACCACUUCCACUGCAUCCGCGCCGGCUGCGGCUUCACCUUCACCUCCACCAGCCAGAUGACCUCGCACAAGCGCAAGCACGAGCGCCGGCACAUCCGCUCCUCCGGCUCGCUGGGGCUGCCGGCCUCGCUGCUGGGCGCCAAGGACACGGAGCACGAGGAGUCCAGCAACGACGACCUCGUCGACUUCUCCGCCCUGAGCAGCAAGAACUCCAGCCUGAGCGCCUCCCCCACCAGCCAGCAGUCCUCCGCCUCCCUGGCCGCCCCCGAGGCCGCGCCCAGCGCCACCAAGCCGCCCGGCGGCAAGAUGGCCGGCGGGCUGCUGCCCCAGGGCCUGCCCGGUUCCAUCCCCCUGGCGCUGGCCCUCUCCAACUCAGGCCUGCCCACCGCCGCGCCCUACUUCCCCCUCCUUCCCGGCCGGGGGAGCGCCUCGCUGCCCGUGGGUGCCCCCGGCCUGCUGGGGGCCGUGUCGUCCGGGGCGCCGGCCUCGGCCGCUCCCGACCCGCCGGCGCUGGUGGCCUCCGGAGCUGGAGACUCGGCCUCCGGAGCCGCCACCUCUGUCCCGGUGCCCCCUGCCUCCAUCAUGGAGAGGAUUUCUGCAAGCAAAGGCCUCAUCUCACCCAUGAUGGCCAGACUAGCUGCGGCCGCCCUCAAGCCCUCUGCCACCUUUGACCCAGGAAGCGGGCAGCAGGUGCCCCCCGCCAGGUUCCCCCAGGCCCAGGUGAAGCAGGAACCCGGUGAGAGCGCGGGCACCCCAGGCCCCCACGAAGCCUCCCAAGAUCACAGUCUAGACCUGACUGUGAAGGAGUCCAGUAAUGAAUCAAAUGGCCACGCAGUCCCGGCAAAUUCAUCUCUUUUAUCCUCGCUUAUGAAUAAGAUGUCUCAGGCCAACCCCAGCCUCGGCAGCCUGCUGAGCAUCAAGGCGGACGCGGAGGGGAGCCCCGCGGCCGAGCCCUCGCCCUUCCUGGGCAAGGCGGUGAAGACGCUGGUUCAGGACAAGCUCUCCGAGCCCUGGAAGGUGUACCUGCGCAGGUUCGGCACCAAGGACUUCUGCGACGCCCAGUGUGACUUCCUCCACAAGGCCCAUUUCCACUGCGUGGUGGAGGAGUGUGGCGCGCUCUUCAGCACCUUGGAUGGGGCCAUCAAACAUGCAAACUUCCACUUCCGGACCGAGGGAGGAGCAGCCAAAGGAUCCUCCGAGGCCUCCUUCCCAGCCUCGGCCGCCGAGACCAAGCCGCCCUUGGCCCCCUCGUCCCCCCCGGCGCCCCCCGGCACCGCGGUCCCCGGGCCCUCCCUGGAGGGGCCCUCCCCCAGCCCGGCCUCGGUGCCCUCCACCCCCACCCUGCUCGCCUGGAAGCAGCUGGCUUCCACCAUACCCCAGAUGCCUCAGAUCCCCGCGUCAGUGCCUCACCUGCCCGCUUCGCCCCUGGCGACGACGUCUCUAGAGAGCGCCAAGCCCCAGGUCAAACCCGGGUUCCUGCAGUUCCAGGACAACGAUCCUUGCCUCACCACCGACUGCAAGUACGCCAACAAGUUCCACUUCCACUGUCUCUUCGGGAACUGCAAGUACGUCUGCAAAACCUCGGGCAAGGCCGAGUCCCACUGCCUGGACCACAUCAACCCCAACAACAGCCUGGUGAACGUCCGAGACCAGUUUGCUUACUACUCCUUGCAGUGUCUCUGUCCCAACCAGCACUGUGAGUUCCGGAUGCGCGGGCACUACCACUGUCUCCGGACCGGCUGCUACUUCGUGACCAACAUCACCACCAAACUGCCAUGGCACAUAAAGAAGCACGAGAAGGCAGAGCGGCGGGCGGCCAACGGGUUCAAAUACUUCACCAAGCGCGAGGAGUGCGGCAGACUAGGCUGCAAGUACAACCAGGUGAAUAGCCACUUCCACUGCAUCCGGGAAGGCUGCCAGUUCUCCUUCCUCCUCAAGCACCAGAUGACCUCCCAUGCCCGGAAGCACAUGCGGAGGAUGCUGGGGAAGAACUUCGACCGCGUGCCUCCCUCCCAGGGCCCCCCCAGCCUGAUGGAUGUGGAGACCGACGAGGGCAUGGACUAUACGGGCUGCAGCCCGGGCGCCGCGUCCUCCGAGUCCUCCACCAUGGACCGCAGCUGCUCCAGCACCCCCGUGGGCAACGAGAGCACGGCGGCAGGGAACACCAUCUCCAUGCCCGCCGCCUCGGGGGCCAAGAAGCGGUUCUGGAUCAUCGAGGACAUGUCCCCCUUCGGCAAGCGGCGGAAGACGGCGUCGUCGCGCAAGAUGCUGGACGAGGGCAUGAUGCUGGAGGGCUUCCGGCGCUUCGACCUCUACGAGGACUGCAAGGACGCGGCGUGCCAGUUCUCGCUCAAGGUCACGCACUACCACUGCACGCGCGAGAACUGCGGCUACAAGUUCUGCGGGCGCACGCACAUGUACAAGCACGCGCAGCACCACGACCGCGUGGACAACCUGGUGCUGGACGACUUCAAGCGCUUCAAGGCGUCGCUCAGCUGCCACUUCGCCGACUGCCCGUUCUCGGGGAGCAGCACGCACUUCCACUGCCUGCGCUGCCGCUUCCGCUGCACCGACAGCACCAAGGUGACGGCGCACCGCAAGCACCACGGCAAGCAGGACGUGAUCAGCGCCGCCGGCUUCCGCCAGUUCAGCUCGAGCGCCGACUGCGCCGUGCCCGACUGCAAGUACAAGCUCAAGUGCUCGCACUUCCACUGCACGCACCCGGGCUGCCGCCACACCGUGGUGGGCAUGUCGCAGAUGGACUCGCACAAGCGCAAGCACGACAAGCAGGAGCGCGGGGAGCCGCCCGCCGCCGCCGCCGCCCCCGCCGCCGCCGAGCACGCGCACGGCCUGGACGGCGGCGCGCUCCCGCGGCCCGAGCCCGGGGCCUCGCUGCUCUUCCUGCACACGGCGGCCGCCGGCCUGGGCCUGGCGCUGGGCGACGCCACCGCCGCCGCCGCCGCCGCCGCGCCCAACGCCGGGGACCCCGGCCCGCCCGGCCCCGCCCCCGGCCCGCCCCGCGACGGCCCCGCCGCCACCACGGCCGCCAACGCCGCCGCCGCCGCCCCGGGCACGGAGUCCUCGCAGGACGACGACGACCUGGACGAGCUGGAGCUGCCCGAGGAGGAGGCCGAGGACGACGACGACGAGGACGACGACGACGACGACGAGGACGACGACGACGAGGACGACGACGAGGACCUGCGCACCGACUCGGAGGAGUCGCUGCCCGAGGUGGCGGCCGCGGCCGUGGCGGGCGAGGCGGGCGCGCGGACCCCGGCGGCGCUGGCGGCCCUGGGCGGCCCCGGCCCCGCGCCCGCCGCCGCCUCCUCGCCGUAGCCGCCCGCCCGCGCGCGCACGCGCCCCCCCCCCCCCCCGCCCCGGGCCCGCCCCGCCGGUGCUUCCGGACCCCCGAGUCCGUCUCAGGACCGAGGCGGGGCCCCCUCCCCCCUGGUGCUCCGGGCCGCCCG